UGGGGAGCCCUGGCUGGGCUGAGAGGGCCGGACACCGAGCCCGGGAGCCGCCGCCGUCGCCGCCGCCUGCGCCUCGGGAAAGGUAUCCCGAGGGCCACAUUUGCCUCCCUCACCCUCGGAUGCACCCCAUCAUGCCCGCCGCUGUCCUCCUCUUCUGGGCCUCCCUGCUGACCGGGGCCUGGCCUGCUGCCCUCACCAAGGACUACCUCUUUGCCACCCCCAGGGUCCAGCUCUCCUUCAAAGAACUGAAGGCUACGGGCACUGCUCAUUUCUUCAACUUCCUGCUGAACACGACAGAUUAUCGGAUCCUGCUAAAGGAUGAAGACCACGACCGGAUGUAUGUGGGCAGCAAGGAUUACAUCCUGUCCUUGGAUCUCCAUGACAUCAACAGAGAGCCCCUCAUCAUCCACUGGGCGGCCUCCCCUCAGAGGAUCGAGGAGUGUGUGCUCUCGGGGAAGAACAGCAACGGGGAAUGUGGGAACUUCAUUCGGCUCAUCCAGCCCUGGAAUCGGACACAUCUCUAUGUGUGUGGGACAGGUGCCUACAACCCCGUGUGUACUUAUGUCAAUCGAGGGCGCAAAGCACAGGCCGUGGAGCUGACACACACCCUUCAGGCCAGAGGCCGGGGCAGCAGAGCCACGGAUGCCGCCGCUGUCAGCCCAACUGUGGCCACCCAGCACCAGGAUUAUAUAUUCUACUUGGAGCCGGAGAAACUGGAAUCAGGAAAAGGCAAAUGUCCUUAUGAUCCCAAAGUGGACAGCGUCUCUGCCCUGAUCAAUGAAGAAUUAUAUGCCGGCGUGUACAUAGAUUUCAUGGGCACGGACGCAGCCAUCUUCCGGACCCUGGGCAAACAGACGGCCAUGAGGACGGACCAGUAUAACUCUCGCUGGCUCAAUGAUCCUUCGUUCGUGCACGCGCAGCUCAUCCCGGACAGCGCCGAGCGGAAUGACGACAAGCUCUACUUCUUCUUCCGAGAGAAGUCCACGGAGGCCCCCCAGAGCCCGGCCGUCUACGCCCGCAUCGGCCGCAUCUGCCUGAACGACGAUGGGGGUCACUGCUGCUUGGUAAACAAAUGGAGCACCUUCCUGAAGGCGCGACUCAUCUGCUCCGUCCCCGGCCCCGAUGGCAUUGAGACCCACUUUGACGAGCUGCAGGAUGUGUUUGUGCAGCAAACCCAGGAUGUGAAAAACCCCGUCAUCUAUGCCGUCUUCACGUCGUCAGGCUCCGUGUUCAGGGGCUCUGCAGUCUGCGUGUACUCCAUGGCUGAUAUCCGCAUGGUCUUCAACGGACCCUUUGCCCAUAAGGAGGGGCCCAACUACCAGUGGAUGCCUUUUACGGGCAAGAUGCCCUAUCCUCGCCCUGGCACUUGUCCAGGGGGCACCUUCACGCCAUCGAUGAAAUCAACCAAGGAUUACCCGGACGAGGUCAUUAACUUCAUGCGCACCCACCCGCUGAUGUUCAAUGCAGUGUACCCCCUGCAGCGGCGGCCUCUGGUGGUCAGGACCAACGCCCGCUACCGCUUCACCACCAUCGCCGUGGACCAGGUGGACGCGGCCGACGGGCGCUAUGAGGUGCUUUUCCUGGGCACAGACCGAGGCACUGUGCAGAAAGUCAUUGUGCUGCCCAAGGACGACAUGGAGACAGAGGAGCUGAUGCUGGAGGAGGUUGAAGUUUUCAAGGUUCCAGCUCCGAUUAAGACAAUGACCAUCUCCUCCAAGCGGCAACAACUGUAUGUGGCUUCUGCCGUGGGCGUAACCCACCUGGGCCUGCAUCGCUGCCACACCUAUGGGGCCGCCUGUGCCGACUGCUGCCUUGCCAGGGACCCCUACUGCGCCUGGGAUGGCAAAUUCUGCUCCCGGUAUUCGGCUUCCUCCAAAAGACGGAGCCGCCGCCAAGACAUCCGCCAUGGCAACCCCAUUCGUCAGUGCAGAGGUUUCAAUUCCAAUGUCAAUAAGAACACCGUGGAGUCGGUGCAGUACGGGGUUGAGGGCAGCGCCGCCUUCCUGGAGUGCCAGCCCCGAUCCCCUCAGGCCACCAUCAAGUGGCUUUUCCAAAGAGAUGCCAGUGACCGGAGAAAGGAGCUUCGAGCAGAGGAGCGCAUGCUGCGGACCGAGCCCGGCCUGCUGCUGCGGGCCCUUCAGCUGAGCGAUGCCGGCCUCUACACUUGUACCGCCACCGAGAACAACUUCAAGCACGUGGUCACUCGUGUCCAGCUGCACGUCCUCAGCCGAGAAGCCGUUCAUGCUGUGCUCUUCCCGCCGGGCGCCGCCGUGGCUGCCCUGCAGCCCCCUGGGGCUGACCCUGCCACAGCCGGCCUCAGGUCCCCUACGCCCCCCUACCAGGAGCUGGCUCAGCUCCUGGCCCAGCCCGAAAUGGGACUCAUCAACCAGUACUGUCAGGGAUACUGGCGCCAUGCGCCCCCAAGCCACAAAGAGGCCCCUGGGGGGCUCAAGACCCCUGAGCUCCCGGACCAGAAAAAGCCUCGAAACCGUCGUAAUCACCAGCCGGACACAUGAAACCACCAUUGCUGCUGCCCCGUCCCCUGAAACCUUGGGGGGCCAGAAACUAUCUCAUCACAUCUCUAUUUUCCCACCAUCCCCCAUCCCCAGGCCAUUACCCCCUGUCCCAUUUUAAUAUAAAAAGAUAUAUAUAUAAAUAUCUAUAUAUAUUAUAUAUAUAUACAAAGAG